AAUUAAGCUAUUCAAUGAUACGGUAAUGGAGGAUAUUGAAGACGUUGUCCAGACACUUCCAAUUACUCGGUCUUCAAAUCAUGUACACAUAAAAGUUAGAAAACGCCUGAAAAAUAGUGAUGAAGUUUUCAGCGGCGACAGUUUUAUACCAGGGAAACAUAAAAUCUACAUCAAGACAUGGGGUUGCACACAUAACACUAGCGAUUCGGAACAAAUGGCUGGCCUACUGGAUGCUGCUGGCCAUCAGCUAACUAACGAGAAGGUCGGAGUUUUUUUUAUUUAUAUAGAAGAGGCCGAUUUAUGGAUUUUGAACAGCUGUACAGCGGAACCAAAUUUACCGUUUCUAGAAGGCAUCUCAAUUGUUGGCGUCAAGCAGCUUGAGUGCAUUGUUCAGGCAGUGGAAGAAACACUGCAAGGGAACUGUGUUCGAUUUUUAUCUCGAAGAAAACCCAAUUCUAGCUUAAUGCUACCAAAAGUUCGAAAAAACAAAUACAUUGAGAUUUUAGCGAUCAGUGACGGUUGUUUGAACCAUUGCACGUACUGUAAAACGAAAUCCGCUCGAGGCGAUCUGGUCAGCUACCGCCUGGAUGACCUUCUGGAACGGAUACAAAAUGCGUUUGCCGAGGGCUGCAAGGAAGUGUGGUUGACAUCCGAAGAUCUUGGCGCUUGGGGUCGCGACAUUGGCUUGGUUCUACCGGAUUUGCUAAAUGCUGCUGUGGAAUGCAUUCCGGAUGGAUGUAUGAUGCGACUGGGAAUGACUAAUCCACCUUAUAUACUCGAUUUUCUUGAAGAUAUUGCAAGGAUUUUGAAUCAUCCACGUGUUUAUUCGUUUCUGCAUAUCCCGGUGCAAUCGGGCAGUGAUGCCGUAUUAUCGGAUAUGAAACGUGAAUACACAUGUGCUGAUUUUUGUCGUGUUGCUGAUUAUAUGAUUGAAAAGUAAAU